AUGGCCACACUUUCACCGUAUGUCCCGUCAAAGCACCAGGCAGCAGGUCAUGAUGGCUGUCUUACAUUAGAAGAUGGAUCUCUUUUCAUAAAACUAACCAAUUCUCAGGAGAUCGAUUUCUAUGCCAAGACUCAAGCUGAUGAUAGCGAUGGCAACGAACGCAUUCCAGGAACCAAGCUAGUUGAUUGGAUGCCACUUUUCAUGGGCACGCUCUCUGAAACUGAUGUCAAUUCAGUAGCUGCUCCUGGCCAUAUACAUGGUCCUUCCCAACCAACGGAUAAACAAUAUGUCGUGUUGGGGAAUUGCUAUUCUGGGUAUGCCCAUCCAAGCAUUCUUGAUAUUAAAUUAGGGGCCAAAUUAACUGAUGAUGAAGUGACCGCACCGGAGAAGAUUGAAAGGUUACAAAAAGUCAGCGAAUCAACUACUUCGGGCCUGCAUAACUUUAGAAUAUGUGGUAUGAAGGUGUAUAAUGGUGAGUCUGUAGAUAAACCGAACGAGCUCUAUGAAAAAAUGAAUGAUUCGUCAGUGUCGAUUAACAGUUCUGGCGAAAAAGACAAUUAUUUAGAAUUCAACAAGUUUUAUGGACGUUCGUUAGAUAGUAAGAAUAUCAAGGACGGAAUCCGACUUUUCUUUACCCAUCAUUUAAAAAAAGUGCCUAAUGGACAAGAAAUCGUCAUAAGGUUGCUAGACAGGUUCCAUAAACGAUUACAAUUACUAUAUAAUUGUCUAUUGGACUACGAAGUGAGAAUCUUUUCAGGAAGUUUAUUAUUCAUUUAUGAAAAUGAUUUACAAAAGUGGCAGACUGCACUUGCUGAUGAAGAAGAAUACUAUCAAACAUACGAUCCAUUGAUUCGAGAAUGUAAUCUAGCUGAUGAUGACGAAGAAGAAGAGGAAGAGGAAGCCCCGGUAAGUUCGCUCAAUAUUAUUGAUUUCGCUCACGCAAAAUACGUCCCUGGUCAAGGUCAUGAUGAAAAUAUCCUACAGGGAAUUGAAAAUUUAAUUGAUAUAUUUGAUCAGUUACUAAAAGAAGAGGAGAGUAUAUAA